GAAUUAGUUCACAAAGGUUUAUCUGUAAUUUGAAGAAAGAGUCACAAAAAUGGAAUCCAAAUUUCUCUCAAAAACCUCCUGAUUUCUUUCAUUCUGCUUUCAAAAUAUCAACAUGAACUAUUUAGUUGUCAACCCAACAGUCUUGUGCCGCUGUGGAACAAAAAUCUCCCGGUUCUUUUCAACGAGUGGGAUUUUAUCGGGAAAGAAAACUCGUAUCCCGUACGACAUUCGAAGAAGUUAUCCACCGACUGGCAAGGACAUAAAUCCAACAAGAAAGGGUGGCAAUGCUGACUAUCCACAGCUUUAUGGACAACAUGGCUACAAGUAUGGAAAAACCCCUCAACCCACUGGAUAUGAACGUCGGCGAUUCCAGUAUCACAAUGUUGCCGAGAUGAUCCCAGAGUUUGUUGUGCCUGAUUUAAAAGAUUUCCAUCUCAAGCCGUAUGUUUCGUACAAGACGCAGGACAUCUAUCAAUCCGAGAUGACGGCAAAGUCGUUGUUCGAUGCAACAAUCGGGAAAGACGUUUUGGACGACUUUGCUGAAGAAAAAGGGACUAUUGAGCAAAUUGUUGAAAACGUUUUUAAAAAGCAUAGCAAAAGUAACAAAUAGGCAUUGUAGUCUAAAAAAACCUGUGUUGUUUUUGUUAGUAUGAGCAUUACUUUUGGCGGAGUGGAGAGGUGCACUCUGAGAAUGGCGUUUACUACGGAAAGGUGCCAUCUAAAUGACUAGUGUUUAAUUACUAUUGGCCUAUUCCGUUCAUUGUUUGUCCUUGUCCCUGUUGUGACAUUGGGUGAUAUGAAUAAAGACUAGCAAAUGCUUUUAUCUAAAUCUCCAUGUACAUUUACACUAGGCCUUCCUGUACAAAACCGGAGUAAAAGCAUUUGCUAGUCUUUAUUCAUAUCACCCAAUGUCCUGGACAACUGGCUGAUGUCAUCAAUAUUUUUAGCCAACCCAUUUAUGGUUGUGACAUUGUCUUUGUCUCUCUUAUUGGUGAUGUCUUCCCUUUUGGACAAGUUUUACACUAGCAUGGCCAGAUAUUCCAAUUUUGAAAAUACGAACUCGUGAUAAAUUUUUAAUACAAAAACAAUAUAAAUA